AUGGCCAAGUUCGACCGCUCGAAGCCGCACGUGAACGUGGGCACGAUCGGCCACGUGGACCACGGCAAGACGACGCUCACGGCCGCCAUCACGAAGGUCCUGUCGGAGACGGGCGGCGCCGAGUUCACGAGCUACGCGGACAUUGACAAGGCGCCCGAGGAGCGCGCGCGCGGGAUCACGAUCUCGACGGCGCACGUCGAGUACGAGACGGAGACGCGCCACUACGCGCACGUCGACUGUCCCGGGCACGCGGACUACGUCAAGAACAUGAUCACGGGCGCCGCGCAGAUGGACGGCGGCAUCCUCGUGGUCUCGGCCGGCGACGGGCCCAUGCCGCAGACGCGCGAGCACAUUCUGCUGGCGCGUCAAGUGGGCGUCCCGGCGCUCGUUGUGUUUAUGAACAAGGUGGACCAAGUGGACGACGAAGAGCUCUUGGAGCUCGUGGAGAUGGAGAUCCGCGAGCUCUUGGAGGCCUACGACUUCCCCGCCGACGACAUUCCAGUGGUCCAGGGGUCGGCGCUCGCGGCCGUCGAAGGACGCGACCACGCGAUCGGCCGCGACGCCGUCCGCAAGCUCAUGGACCAAGUCGACGCGUACAUUCCGGACCCCGUGCGCGACUUUGAAAAGCCGUUCCUCAUGCCCGUGGAAGACGUGUUUUCCAUCUCGGGGCGGGGUACGGUCGUCUCGGGGCGCGUCGAGCAGGGCGUGAUCAACACUGGCGACGAGGUCGAGCUCGUGGGCCUCAAGCCCAGCUUCAAGACCACGUGCACGGGCGUCGAGAUGUUUAAAAAGUCGCUGGACCGGGGCCAGGCAGGCGACAAUGUCGGGCUGCUGCUGCGUGGACUCAAGCGAGACGAAGUGCUGCGCGGCCAAGUGCUGUGCAAGCCUGGCACCAUUGACCCGCACACGAAGUUUGAGGCCGAAGUGUACGUGCUCAAGAAGGAGGAAGGCGGCCGCCACACGCCGUUCUUCAGCAACUACCGACCGCAGUUUUUCUUCCGCACGGCCGACGUGACAGGCAACAUUUUGCUCAAGGCUGGCACGGAGAUGGUCAUGCCAGGGGACAACACGGCCAUCGACAUUGAGCUCAUUUCGCCCAUUGCUCUGGACGCCGGCAUGAAGUUUAGUAUCCGCGAGGGCGGCCGCACGAUCGGCGCUGGUGUCAUCUCCAAGGUCCAGUCGUAA